CCCACCGGCCCACCCUCCUACUAUCUUCCUCGUCCUUAACCUUCUCCCUCACCUUCCUCUCACCUCCCCCGCCUGCCUUUUAAGCGACGCGCCCACCUCCCACCGCACCCUCCCUCUCCCUCUCUCUCUGAUCUCGAUCAUCCCUCCAUCCCCGUCUCUCCCCUCCCCUCCGAUCCCCUCCGCCGCGCCGGUCCCGUUCAUGGCCGGGAAGAGGACGAGGACGGCUCGUAAUCAGCAUCAACCACCGCCGUCGCCGCCAAACCCUAACCCUAACCGUCGCCGCCGGGUCGCCGACCCGGCCGCCUCGGACGAACGGCCGUCGAAGCGCAUGCUGGCCUUCCACUUCCUCCGCGCGCUGGCCCGGAUCCACAGCACCACCCCGGCGCCGCGCCGCCCGCGCACCAUCCGCCGCGCGGCCUACUCGUCCAUGGCGCGCGCCGCCAGCCCGCGCCGGGCCUGGACGCAGGCGCUGCUCCGCCAGGCGCGCGCGCGCAGGGUGACCGUCAGGUCGUCCAGGCGCGCCGUCCUACUGCGGAGGCGCGUCUCCGCCGCGGCGCCUCCGCUGAUGCUCCGCGCUAGCGCUGGGGAGACGUCGGCGCCGACGCCUCCGCCGCCGGCUCUGGCGGCCGUGGCACCCCGGGGCCCGCCUCCGAGGCAGGCAGGGGAGCCGGCCAGGGCCGACGCGCUCCGGCAGCUCGUCCCCGGCGGCGCCGAGAUGGAGUACUGCAGCCUCCUCGACGAGACCGCCGACUACGUGCGCUGCCUCCGCGCGCAGGUGCAGCUCAUGCAGAGCCUCGUGGACCUCUUCUCCGCCCAACAAUGAUCGAUCGCCCAACAACAGAACCAGUAAUUAAUUAAUACCGCAUGGUUAAUUAAUUCUUGUUCUUGCACCGUCGAUCAUACGCCGCCGUUUGUAUAUCUAGAUCAUCGCAUAUCUCUUGUUCAUGUCACACAUGAGAUGGAUGCAUGAUUAAGAUAGGAGAUUAUUGAGGGAGAGAUUAUUAUUGCUGGUACAUAUGUUUAGUUGGUAAGAUAAGAUUAUUAGUAGGUGUAUAGGUUGGGAACACACAUGCAUGGAAGAUGGACGGAACCACACACAGCAAGCAGCAAUUGGAGGGAGAAAGGAGAUUAUUGAGGUAAUUAAUUGUAACAUAUAUAGAGAGAGAAUUGAAGCAUCGAGUCACAUACAUAUAUAAGCUAUUAGUGCAGUGCUUGCUGUUGGCUCAGAUGAUUGGGUAUGCGUAUAUAUGUUUGUGAAAAAUUGUGGAGCCAUGUCAUGUAUCUUUUGUACCUAGCUACUAGCUACACACAUGUAGGUAGGUAGCUGUGUAUACACACCUUUUGUCUGUCAAUUUUCCUCUUUUAUGCAUGUAGGUCUAUCUGAAUGGGGAACAAGCAGGUAAUUACUGAUCA